AUGACAGACAACCGACCCCCCAAGAGGACCCACGAUCCCGACUUCACCUCUGACACAGCAACACCACUUCCUCAAGUAGCCUCGUCCCCCUCGAAGCUCACGACUGCAACAAUGUCCAAGAAAAAGGGCCUCAUCGCCCUCGGUUGCGAGGGCUCAGCCAAUAAGCUCGGUAUCGGUGUGAUGCUCCACAACGGAUCUGAGUCUACCAUUUUGUCCAAUAUCCGACAUACCUUCGUCUCACCUCCUGGACAGGGCUUCUUACCCAAGGACACGGCGAAGCAUCACCGCUCCUUCUUUGUACAACUCGCGCGCCGCGCCUUACGAGAGGCCGGCGUCUCCGUCUCCGAGGUCGACUGCGUGUGCUUCACCAAAGGUCCCGGCAUGGGUGCGCCGUUAACGAGCGUUGCCGUUGCGGCGCGCACACUAUCGUUGCUGUGGGAUAAGCCGCUUGUAGGAGUGAACCAUUGCGUCGGUCACAUUGAGAUGGGGAGGACGAUAACCGGCGCGCAGAAUCCUGUUGUGUUGUACGUCAGCGGUGGAAAUAGCCAGGUGAUUGCGUAUGCGGAGCAGCGAUACCGAAUUUUCGGCGAGACGCUGGAUAUUGCGGUGGGUAACUGCCUCGACCGCUUUGCACGCACCUUAGAGAUUAGCAAUGACCCUGCACCGGGAUACAAUAUCGAACAGCUGGCGAAAAAGGGCACGCGGUUGCUGGAGCUGCCGUACGCAGUCAAGGGCAUGGACUGUUCGUUCUCGGGCAUCCUAGCCAGCGCGGAUAUUCUGGCAGGGCAGAUGAAAGCGAGCCAGGCCAAAGGAGAGGAGACUUUCACACCUGCUGACCUCUGUUUCUCGCUGCAAGAGACGGUGUUUGCUAUGCUGGUCGAGAUUACAGAGCGGGCCAUGGCGCAUGUCGGGAGCAACCAGGUGCUGAUCGUGGGCGGCGUUGGUUGCAACGAGAGACUCCAGGAGAUGAUGGGUGAGAUGGCAAAGGAGAGAGGAGGUAGCGUAUAUGCGACGGACGAGAGGUUCUGUAUUGACAAUGGUAUCAUGAUCGCACACGCUGGUCUUCUGGCCUAUGAGACAGGUUUCAGGACACCACUCGAGGAAAGUUCAUGCACGCAGCGUUUUAGGACAGAUGAGGUGCACAUCAAAUGGAGAGACUGA